CACUCACACACACACACACCACAUUGGCAGAAGGUCCUGGACCAGUGUGUACUCUCGAGCACAAGAAGAAGUGAUACGGAGGAAUAACGGGAGCGUUGCCCGCUGUGUUUCCCGUGGACAAAGGCCCCCCGCCUGACGAUGGAGAACACAUGAAGAAGAGAUUUGAGGGGGCACUCGGGGGGGGGGGGCAAAAUGCUGCUGAGUAAAGUUUUGGGAUAUUUCUAAAGGGAUGUUUUUAACCCUUGAACUUUGUGGGAAAACUGCCGAGGAAGGUCAGCUGUGUGCCGAUCGCAAAGAGAAAAAGCCUGCAGGUUGGACUUUUGACUCCUCCUGGCAUCAUGGCACCCACCAACUCUUCCUCCUGCCUCCUCUUCCUCCUCCUCACCUUCCUCUUCCUCAUUCCUCCCCCCGCCCUCACCCAGGACCCUUCGGUCACCACGGGUAACAUCCUCCUCGAGGGCGGCGAAUCGUUGACCAUCCCGACCGCCGCUCAGUCCAAUCAGACGACGCCCAGCAGCUACGCGGAAGAAAGAACGACUCAAGACUCUCUUCUGGAAACGGGGGUGUCCACUCCUGCCAGCGGGGGGGAGGGGGGGGACGACGAGGACGCCAUCCCCUCAGGUGGGAUGCGUUGCCAAGGUUACUACGACGUGAUGGGCCAAUGGGAUCCGCCGUUCAACUGCAACGCGGGCGUUUUCCUGCACUGUUGCGGCACCUGUUUCUACCGGUUCUGUUGCCAGUUCAGAAAGCAGCGCCUGGACCAGAACAUCUGCUCCAACUACGACACCCCCAUCUGGGCCAACACCGGGAAGCCCGUGGCAGCCGGUAACCCAGGGGGGGAGACGAUCUGGACCGGGGACCGCACGCACCUCAUCGUCUACAUCAUCUGCGGCGUGGUGGCCAUCAUGGUGCUGGUCGGCAUCUUCACCAAACUGGGCCUGGAGAAGAGUCGCGAGGGGAGUUCAGCGGGAGGUGGAGCGGGGGACAUCAACUCCAGGUGA